AUGUCAGACCUCGAUUUUUGCCGCCCUCCCGACAAGGACCCCAGACAAGGAUAUCCGGAGCGUUCCCGCGGAGGUUUGAAGGAAUUGUCUCGUCUGCCCACGGGAGACUACGUUGAACCCAAACUUUUCCCCGUUCUGAUCUCUCGUGUCCUCCUGAACGUCCGCGCCGCAGCGCGGUUCACACACGGAGAGCAGUCCCAAACGCCCUCUUUCAUCCGGUCGCGGCAAGGAGUUCAGACACAAGCCGACGUCGAAAACAUGUCGUUCGAAUUAAACAUCCUCAGCAGCUCCGAACGAGCCCCGGAGAGCGAUCGCUUUGACGUACAAGACUCUAUUGAACAUGAUCAACUCAUUGCAGAAUCGCUCAGCAUGGCGGAUGGUGUUCUUACUGUCGGCGAUGCUCAUCAGAAUGUGAACGAGGAAGAGACGAUGGACGAUGCCGACGACGAGAUGCUGUCGGAUUGGGAGGAUGACGAGUAA